AUGAAGGAUCAUUUACGUUUUCUUUCUAGUUUCUACAAAGUCUUCCAAAAAGGAACAGGGGAUGGAAAGUUGGAAUAUAGUGAGGGAAAUGAGAAGCGGUCUAGGAUACGAAAUCCAGCGGCUCUUCCAGAGGAAAUAAGCUAUAAAUUUUCACUGGCCCUGAUCAAAGCUGCUACCAACAACUUUGAUCAAGAUUUGAUUAUUGGUAGUGGUGGUUUUGGACAUGUACACAAAGGGUUUUUGAAUGAUUGGAACUUGGUUAUCGCUGUCAAACGCUUGUAUCCAGAUUCAGCACAAGGGUUCAAUGAGUUCCAAGCUGAACUGCUGUUGCUCUGCCAGCUGCACCACCACCAUGUGGUACCUCUUAUAGGGUUCUGCAAUGGAAAAACCGAGAUGAUCCUUGUGUAUGAAUACAUGGAAAACGGAGCACUACGAGAUCUUCUCUAUGAUUCUGGUUGUGAUCCACUCCCAUGGAAGCAAAGACUAGAGAUAUGCAUAGGCGCCGCUCGCGGAAUACGUUACCUUCACACUGGAGCAAAGCAAGCAAUAAUUCACCGUGACGUUAAGAGUAGCAAUAUUCUUUUGGAUGAUAAGUUGGUCUGCAAGCUUUCUGAUUUCGGGUUGGCGAAGCUUCGUCCCCGAAGCAAUUGCAAGCAAAAAACUUUGACAAGAAUAGAUUCAAUGGUGAAGGGUACUUGUGGCUAUGCUGAUCCAGAGUACGUCGCAGGAUUUGGACUAACGGAAAAAUCUGAUGCGUACUCAUUUGGGGUUGUUUUAUUUGAAGUGUUGUGUGGUAGAAAGGCAUUUGAUAUGAGUUUGAACGCGAAUCAAGCAUAUUUAGUUCACUGGGCCCGUCGGUCAAUUGGAGAAGGAACCAUUUAUAAUAUCAUUGAUCCAUAUUUGAAGGGCAGGAUAGCAGCAGAGUGCUUCAAGUCCUUUGUGGACAUCGCAUGUUCCUGUACUUGUCCAGAGGGAAAUUCACGGCUUGAAAUGGGUGAAGUGGAGGUGAUACUAGAGCGUGCUUUGGAACUGCAACAGAAAGCAGAUUCCGAUAUGGUGCGUGUAGCUUCUUGUGGUGUAUAUAUGUUUGAAGAAGUAUCAUGUUGUGCCUUGGUUCCUGAAUACGGUUCCGGUGAAUAGUCUCGGCAACUCGUAUUAUUAUUAUUAUUUUGCGUUUUUGGCUCUCUCCGUUGUUGGUGCUCAUCAUUGAUAUUUAUCACAAUUGAUCGAGUUAGCAUUCAUCUAACUGCAACUAAGAUAAA